GUGCUCGGAGGUGGGUGGAGGAUGGAACCAAGGGACGGUGCUCGGAGGUGGGUGGAGGAUGGAACCAAGGGACGGUGCUCGGAGGUGGGUGGAGGAUGGAACCAAGGGACAGUGCUCGGAGGUGGGUGGAGGAUGGAACCAAGGGACGGUGCUCGGAGGUGGGUGGAGGAUGGAACCAAGGGACAGUGCUCGGAGGUGGGUGGAGGAUGGAACCAAGGGACGGUGCUCGGGGUGGGUGGAGGAUGGAACCAAGGGACAGUGCUCGGAGGUGGGUGGAGGAUGGAACCAAGGGACGGUGCUCGGAGGUGGGUGGAGGAUGGAACCAAGGGACGGUGCUCGGAGGUGGGUGGAGGAUGGAACCAAGGGACAGUGCUUGGAGGUGGGUGGAUGAUGGAACCAAGGGACAGUGCUCGGAGGUGGGUGGAUGAUGGAACCAAGGGA